GCAGGCUGGACACUGGGGACCGCACUUUGCUAGGACGUCACGUUCUGUCUCCUCCAGCAUGUACUCUCUCCAGCUCCUGCUCAGGCCCAGCCCUGCCCUUCUGCUCCUGGUUCUCUCUCUGCAGCUGGGAACCAACAGAGCUCAGGACAACAGUCGAAAGGUGGUACUAAUGAACUUUCAAAUGCCCCAAACAGCAAGAGCAAAUGAAGAGGUCACUGCGAAGCUGAGAGUAGAAACACAAUUGAGAGAAUGUAUGGUGAUUGAAUGUCGCCUCAUAAGCAACCUUCCAAUGGAGGGACCUUUUACAUACAGAUUCACUGGCUGCCUCUGUGAAAAUGUUCCAAGAACCUUCUACUGGGACUUUCAGACCAACCGCUCUCUAAACAUAGCAGCAGUGGUCAACAUUACUCGCCAACAAGGUAUCUGCCCUAACAAUGAAGCAGUCACACCCAUCACAGCAAACCGCUUUUACGUCCUUGCAAACCUAACCAUCAUCUGAUCUUGGCGGAAGCCCUUGUCUUGCCAUCCAUACCCACCUGUCCAGGUGGUUGCCUCUAAAGAAACUUGGCUGAAGCAUCUGCUGUGAUCUAUAAAAUAAACUGCUCACCAGCUUC